AUGCAGCUGUUUUUAUUCACAUACGGGCUUUUUGCCUGGUUUGCUGCGCAAGCUGCCGCAACGGCCCUGACAUAUAAACUACACGCGAGCGAGAAGGCGUGCUUCUUCACGACUGGCAAGACCAAGGGCGAGAAGAUUGCCUUUUACUUUGCGGUUCAAUCUGGUGGAAAUUUCGAUGUCGAUUACGAGGUUGUUGGGCCCACAGGCAAUGUCAUUCUUGAUGGUGAGGCGGAGCGCCAGGGUGACUUUGUCUUUACUGUCAUCGAUAUUGGAGAGCACAGGUUCUGCUUUAGCAACACCAUGAGCUCAUACGACGACAAGGUGGUUGACUUUGAGAUUGCGGUUGAGAACGAAGCCCGCGUCGGCCUCCCGUCGAAGAAGGGAACUUCACCAGAACAGACAACGACGCUCGAGGAAUCUGCCUUCAAGAUCUCAGGCCAGCUGUCGUCCAUCACUAGGCACCAAAAGUACUUCCGUACACGGGAGAACCGCAACUUUGCCACUGUUAGGAGCACGGAGAAGCGCAUCAUAAACUUCAGUCUGAUCCAAUGCGGCCUGAUAGUGUUGAUGGGUGCGCUGCAGGUGUUUAUCGUUAGGUUCUUCUUCCAGGGCGCGAGGAAAGGAUACGUAUGA